AUGGUCAAGAAAGUAGCUCUCAUUACUGGCGGGGCUAGUGGAAUGGGACUCGCUGUUGCGGAAGCCCUCGCAGCUCGUACUCAUGAAGAGUGGGAUUUGCAUCUUGUCGACCUCAGCGCUGAUAAUCUCACGAAAGCCACGUCCUUGGUCAAGAAUGCGCAUGCUCACCAGGCGAAUGUAGCCGACUACGCCUCGCUGGUGGCAGCUUUCGAAUCAGCAUGGUCAAAGUCAGGUCGUCUCGACUUCGUCUUCGCGAACGCUGGUAUCGCGGAAAAAGACAAUUUCUACGAAGAACAUGCUCUCGACGCGCCGCCUCCACCGCCGAAGAGCCUCGUAAUCGAUGUCAAUUACACGGCAGUGGUAAACACCUCAUGGCUUGCGUUCCACUACUUCCGGAAAUCCCAGGCCAAGCAUGGCAGAGAGAACAAUGACGCGGCCCUAGUCAUGACUGCAAGCUGUGGUGGACUCUAUCCAGCCGAGUUCGGCCCCAUGUACUCUGGUGCUAAAGCGGGAGUAAUCCACUUUAACCGUGCUAUCACAGUAGCAUAUCACCACGCUGGCAUUAGAACAUUCACGGUCUGCCCAAGCAUCGUUCGCACCGGCCUGUUGAGUGAAGAGGAAUGGGGGUCCCUCCCAGAAAGCUUCAUGACACCCAUGGAAACAGUCGUUAACGCCGUGGUGAAGGUGGUGGAUGGAGGAGACAUUGAGGAUGCUAACGGAAAGAAGGUGGCCGGCAAGGACAACUGGGGUCUCACUGUGGAGCUUUUUGGCAAGAACUUCUACUUCCGAGACGGUGUAGAGUACUGUGAUGAGAGCAUGAGGACUAUGGCGACGAGUACGGGCAUGAAGGCGCAGCUAGAGAGGAUCGGGAAGCCACAAGCGGAGGGCGAACAUGGAGCGUGGGGAGCCUGUGGCCUGUCACGCUUCUCCGCAGGUAAAAUAGGUAUCGGUCUAUGCGAUGGAUGUCCCGUUGGGCCGCCAGCUUCAGACAUUCUUGUCUCUAACGCCUUUAUCCUCCGAUUGUACCGACAGAAGAACCAUCCUACUGUUACCAAUGCCACCACUGCGAACGCUGCGCCCAAUCCUAUUCCUGUUAUCGCACCACCCGAGAGUGUCUUGUUUUCCCUCUCCGCUGUUCCGCUGGAGACUGGCGACCAAAUAGUCGUUGAAGAGGAUGACGUGGAGGUCGUCUCCGUCAGACUGGUAACAGAUGUGGUGAGUGAUUUAGACGGUUGA